AUGGAGCCAAAGACCAAAGGACUAAAACAUCAACAGCAGCAACAUAAGAAACUGCUGGCUGCCAUGCUUUCUCAGGACUCCUUUGAUUCUGCUCAAAGCACAGCUCCAUCUGUAACCGAAGAAGAUAUUGACAAUGAAGAUGAUGCAAUGGAACUACUGGAGGAUCUUGAUGAUCUCAGAAUGGAAGGAGUAACAAGUGUGAUGUCUUCUGGGAACAAAUUCAAUCAGACUCGAAGUGCUCAUACGGCUGAGCCUCAAGCAAAGGUCACAUUGAAUAUCUGUGCAAGAUGUGCCAGAUUGCAAGGGGAUAAUUUGGCAGAAGGGCCAGAAGAUGUCUCCAUGGUAUCUCAGGCAUCUGAACCAGCAGUGUCAGACUCUGAUGCUCAAGUACCCGGAGUUGAAACACUUACAGAAGCUAUUGAUGAAUUUCAGAGUGCCUCUCAAGUGGCAGGAUCUUCUCAGACAGUCUGGACCUUGGACACUAUGGGUGUCAGACCUGGAGGUUCCCCAAGACAGAAACUCCUAAAAGACUCCUUAGCAGCAAAAGAACUUCAGACCAUGGAAAAACACCUAGCUGACAUUGAGAAGGACCUAGCAUUAUGGGAAGAAGCAAGGCUCUCAAGAAGCCCUGGUGUCCAGCAUCACAGUGUAGUUACAUCUGACAAUCAAAGCAAUCUUCAAGCUUCACAGGGCCAAACCCCAAGGCCUCAGGUGCCAGCUCCGACAGGGAAGAACAUUCAGCUCCAAGGAAACAAAUCACCACCGCUGCCCACCAACAGCAGAACACAGGUCUCCAGUGUUGCAAACAGUAGACCGUCCACACCUGGUGCAAAAACCAACAGGCCAUCAACUCCAGGGAGCAGACCUGUGACUCCAAAUAGCUUGUUGUCACGGCCUCUUGUCCCUAGCAACCAAGGAAAUAGGGAAAGCAUCAUUAGUAUACAAAGAAGCAGAUCUUUGACAUCUAAGAGCCAAAUCGGGAGGACCCUCAGUGCUGCUUCAGGGCUCUCUGUGCAAGUGAGUGGAGACGUUGUUGGAACUGUCACUACUCAGAGAAACAGUUUAUCAGAAGAUGCAUUCUUACUACAGCUUCAACUUGCUAAUCAACCUUGGAUAUUUCUGAGUGACACAGAAAGUGAAGGAGUGGAAGCUGACCAAGACAAAUGUUUGUGAAAUCAGUGGGAUUAUUGAAGAACAGUUUAAUUAAAACAAAAUUAUGAUCAAAACUACACCUGAAAAUUUACUUUAGUUUAUACAUAUUGAUUUUAAUUAAAGUUAUUUUUCUAGUGUCAGCAGUACAUGUAUAGAAGUGCUCUGAUAUGUGGAUACUGUAAUGCUCUGAAUCAGAGUAUUUACUGUGGUACUGUGGCCUUAGGAAAGAAGGGUAACUGUCACCUUUUAGUUUUUAUAAAGUUACUAUAAUGUUUUGUUUAGUUUAUACCCCAGUUAUUUUGGAUUGCCAUUUGAUAAACUAAACUCUGCCUGACCAAAAUAAACUUUGCCUAAAGAUUUUAUGUAUUUUAACUUGUCUGAGGUUUUCUACUCCUUAUAUUUUUGUAAUCUUUACUCUUUUUUAGAUUAAUAAACAUAAAGUAUUUGCCUGCAUCUGCCAAUAUAUAUGUCCCAUUCAGGUCUCACAGAGAACUAGCUGUUCACUCAUAGUCACCUGCAGAGAGAGGUCAGAAGGGGAAGUGAGUGAAAGGGUGCGGGCGUGUGUGUGAGUAGCAGAAACAGGUGCUGCUCAUGCCGCAUAGCUUUGUAUUGAAUUUAUCCACUUUGAUCUCUAAAACAAAUAAAUACUCUGUUAAAAAAUGGAACAUAACAAUAAGAAACGGCACAUGCAUGCAAAAAUAAAGCACCUAAAGGAAUUUCAUAUAUUAUGAUAAACUGUUGGUUACCCGUAUGGAUUACUGAAACAAAUUUGCUGUUUAAAAUAUCCUAAUUGGUGUGUGUCGUGUGCUUGGAACUUCAGAAGAUGCUUUUUCACUUACAUCAAAUGAAGGGAUGUGGCAGUUGCAUCUACUGAUUUCAUUUACCUAUUAAUUCGGUCAAGAGUGUUCUCAAUUUUCUUUGUCUUCAACUAUGUAUGCUUGGUUCCUGUAUCUUAGACAGAAUGAUAUAAUAAAAUUGCUUGCAACUGUUAAAAAAUACAGUAUUACAAAGCAUCUGUUUGUUUAAGAAAUAAAAAUUAAU